GAGAGAGAGAGAGAGAUGACAAGCUCUAGUGAAGAGAUGGCUCAGAGUUCCCAUGCCAUUGGCUUGAUUAAGAGCUCCAAUGAUUCUGUAGAAGAGAAACUUGACGAACUUCGACGUUUGAUGGGAAAAACCGAAGGCGAUCCGUUGAGAAUCGUUGGUGUCGGGGCAGGUGCUUGGGGUAGUGUAUUCACUGCUUUGCUGCAAGACAGUUAUGGUCAUCUGAGAGAUAAGGUUCUGAUAAGAAUAUGGAGGAGACCUGGAAAGAUAGUUGAUAAGGCUACGGCUGAGCACUUAUUUGAAGUGAUCAAUUCGAGGGAGGAUGUUUUGAGGAGACUGAUUAGGCGGUGUGCUUACUUGAAGUACGUUGAGGCUAGACUAGGUGAUAGGACCCUGUAUGCCGAUGAGAUUUUGAAAGAUGGUUUCUGCUUGAAUAUGAUUGAUACUCCGGUUUGCCCUUUAAAGGUUGUUGCGAACUUGCAAGAGGCUGUUUGGGAUGCUGAUAUUGUAAUUAACGGCUUGCCAUCAACUGAAACCCGUGUGGUGUUCGAGGAAAUUAGAAGGUAUUGGAAAGAAAGAAUAACAGUGCCCAUAAUCAUAUCUCUGGCAAAGGGUAUAGAAGCUGAGUUCGUGCCUGAGCCUCGCAUAAUAACUCCCACUCUGAUGAUUAAUCGAGCAACUGGAAUCCCCAUUGAGAACAUUCUAUAUCUCGGAGGACCUAAUAUAGCUUCAGAGAUUUAUAAUAAAGAAUAUGCUAAUGCUCGAAUUUGUGGGGCUGAAAAGUGGAGGAAACCAUUGGCAAAGUUCUUAAGGCAGCCCCAUUUUAUUGUGUGGGACAAUGGUGAUCUUGUUACUCAUGAAGUUAUGGGUGGUUUGAAGAAUGUCUAUGCCAUUGGAGCUGGAAUGGUAGCUGCCCUAACCAAUGAGAGUGCCACCAGCAAGUCGGUAUACUUUGCACUCUGUACAUCUGAGAUGAUAUUUAUCACUCAUCUCUUGGCAGAAGAGCCUGAAAAACUUGCUGGGCCUUUGUUGGCUGACACUUAUGUAACCCUGUUGAAAGGUCGUAAUGCAUGGUAUGGACAACAGUUGGCCGAAGGGGGAUUGAACCUUGAAAUGGGUGAUAGCAUCAAGGGGAAGGGUAUGAUUCAGGGUGUCUCUGCUGUGAAAGGCUUUUAUGAGCUUCUUAGUCAGUCCAGCUUAAGCGUCUUGCAUCCAGAAGAAAACAAACCAGUAGCUCCUGUGGAGCUUUGCCCCAUCUUGAAGAUGCUAUAUAAAAUACUCAUCACAAGGGAGUUCCCUUUGCAGGCCAUCCUCGAUGCGUUAAGAGACGAAACCAUGCAUGACCCGAAAGAUCGUAUCGAGAUAGCACAGACUCAUGUGUUCUAUAGAUCAUCUCUUCUUGGUAACCAGCCUAAAUAACAGAAAGAUGAUCACUAGUGUAGGUUCUAUUGUUGAAAGUAGGAGUUGUAGUGGAUGCAAUAUGAUGACUUGGGAGAUUAACG